AUGUCUUUUGAGGAACUGCUGCAGGUGCAGAGUGAUGCCAGAACAAGAGUGUCCAAGCAGGUGAUCAGUGGGAAGAAACCUGCAAAACCUGCCCAAGCUACAGUGAAGCAGCAGCAAGGCAAAAAGGGGCCAUUGGAGAUGUCUGCCAAGAAGCCUGUACCUUUUCUGCGACAAGUCGUCUCUGUUAGAAAGAAGGUCCACAGAGACCCUCGAUUCGAUGACCUGUCUGGAGAGUAUAAGCCUGAAGUAUUUAUGAAGACAUACAGCUUCCUGGACAGCAUCAAGAAGCAGGAGAAGGAGAUGGUUCAGAAGCAGCUGAAGAAAUGCCGGAACAUGGAGCAGAAGGAGAAACUUCAGCAGCUCCUGAACCGCAUGACACAGCAAGAACAGGCACAGAAAAAGCAGCAGAAGUUAAGGGAGAGGGAGCUGUCUUUGAAGAGACAACAGAGGGAACUGGCCAAGCAGGGAAAGAAACCCUUCUUCCUAAAGAAAUCUGAGAAGUGGAAAUUGGAGCUAGCUGAGAAGUAUGCAGAGCUGAAGAGAAGUGGAAAGCUGGAGAACUUCCUGAACAAGAAGAGGAAGAGAAAUGCCAUCAAAGACAAACGCCGUCUGCCCUUACAGAAGAACUGA